AUGGAUGGUCAAAUUACUUCUUGGUUUAUCCUUUAUCCAGAUCAGAUUCAAGUGGCUAAUCCAUUAAUGAUUAUGAUCUUCAUACCAAUAUUCCAAUUCUUGGUAUAUCCUUUUCUGGAUAACAACGGAAUGAAGACCACCUUGCUUCAACGCAUGGCGAUUGGUGGAAUGACGGCGGCUUUUGCAUUUGUAAUGUGUGGCUUCGUACAACUUCGUGUCAAUAAAACAUUGCCAGACGCUCCAGGUUCAAGCGAGGCAUUCGUUUCUGUAAUAAAUGCAUUUCCCGAUUCAUCGUGUAAUUUUGAUCUCAAUAUUAACGAGUUUGGUACACGCAGAAUCGUGGCUAACAAUUCUUUAAUGGAUGACAAAGAUCGCGACAUUAUGAAUGUGAUAAGAAUUGAACAUGAGCCAUCAAUCAGUCGCAAAUUUUCGUUUUCGAGCGAUUCUCAGUUGAGCGAUCUCAGCCGUUACAAAAUUGCAGUACCGAUUCGAACUGCCCCACUCAUUUCGAGAUUGAGCCACGUUUCCGAAGGCGGUAAAAGCUACCUAAUUGUACUUGCUCCUGGUGGUUGGGCAAUUCUUACUAACGAUUGGAAGAAGCCGCAAAAGGGACGAGGACAAUUCGCUCUGAGCGAUCUCUACACAUGGACGACUCACGAAUUUUCGAAGAUACCGGUCCAUAGUUACGAUACGGGUCAAGUUCUCUUUGAGGCCGACGUACUCGAUCGUAAAGAUCUGCUAACUGGAACAUAUGGAGUGAAAUAUCUAAACCGUCGCAACAGCGGCCCGGAAACGUACAAGGAACAAGGAGAUACCAGCCGUAGUGACCAUGGAUGGAGUAGAAAAACCGUGUUUCAGACUUUGACUACAACUGUGCACACGAUCGCACAUGAAAACAGGGUCAGUAUACUUUGGCAGUUACCACAAUACGCCGUUAUAACUGUAGCCGAGAUCCUCAUCAGCGUGAGCGGACUUGAGUUCGCCUACCAAGAG